AUGAUUGCGCCGGCCACCCGUCUCCCAGCCGUCGCUGCCGCCCGAGUAUCGACACUCACGCGCCACCUCAGCUCGACCACUGCUCCGCGCGAUGUCCGACGCCUCGCCGUCUUCGGCGCGGGCAGCAUGGGCAGCGGUAUCGCACAGGUCGCCGCGACCGGAGGGAUCAAGGUCACCAUGGCCGAUGUGAGGGAGGACGCGUUGGAACGCGGCAUGGAGGGGAUCAAAAAGUCGCUCGCGCGCGUUGCAAAGAAGCAGAGCCCGGAUGAUAUCGACGGAUUCGUGCAGCGCGUCCUCGCCAACAUUGAGACUACGACCAAUGGCGAACAGGCUGUCGCGGAUGUCGACCUCGUGAUCGAGGCGGUUAUUGAGCAUCUGCCUUUGAAGCAGGAGCUGUUUGCGCGCUUGGACAAGGCCGCCAGGCCCGACACCAUCUUCGCGUCCAACACCUCGUCUCUCCUCGUACAGGACAUCGCCCAGUCCGUCAGCCCGGAACGCAGAGCCCUCUUUGGCGGAUUACACUUCUUCAACCCGGCCGUCAUGAUGAAGCUCGUCGAGGUCGUGCGAACCCCGCAAACAAACGACGAGGCCUACAACCUCCUCCUACACUUCGUCGACCAGAUCGGCAAGGUCGGCGUCAAGGCCAAGGACGUGCCCGGUUUCAUCGUCAACCGUCUCCUGGUUCCCUACAAGCUGGAGGCAGUUCGCAUGCUCGAGCGUGGGGACGCAAGCGCCGAGGAUAUCGAUAUCGCCAUGAAGCUCGGGGCGGGAUACCCCAUGGGACCGUUCGAGCUGUUCGAUUACGUCGGCAACGACGUGACGGAAUUCGUUAGCCAGGCGUGGGUGCCAUAUGCCGACAAGGGGUUGCUGCCAAAGGAGCUCGUCAAGCCCGUGCCGAUGCUCACCAAGAUGGUGGCAGAGGGCAAGCUGGGCCGCAAGUCUGGCGCCGGGUUCUACGACUACUCGGAUGCGUCCAAGCCCAAGAAGGGUUGA